AUGUCACGGAUGCUCAUCCUCUGCUUUCGGGCCAUUCAGGGCCUCAUGGCUGCUGCCAGCAUCGCCCUGGCAGCAUAUGUCAUCAACUGGCAUCUCAGGGGCUCCCACCUGUCAACGCCGCCCUCCAUCGGCUUCCUCCUCUUCUGCCCCAUCUUCGCCCUCUCCUCCCUUUUAUACCUCGAAUUGGCGCCACGCUUCGCCCCGAAAGCCACCCAUCCGACAGCAUCGCUAUGCAUCGAAAUCGCCAACUGCAUCUUUUACUUUGCCGGCUUCAUUGCCGUGGCCGUCUGUCUGGGCGACUUGGCCUUCUGUGACGGCUCCGUGUGCAUGGCAGGUCGUGGCGCGGCCGUCCUGGCAGCGGCGCAGUUCGGCUUGUGGAUGGGCUCGGCCAUUUUCGCAGCGAGGAAUCUGUUUGUUAGGGGCGGGCGGCGGACGAAGUGGCCGAGUUCGAGGCGAGGCGUCCGAGAUCUGGAGCUGUGA